GUUGACAACCGUCAAUACACAUCCACAUCCGGCACAGGUCGUCCUCAAACACGUGCGCAAGUAGCCGCAUACCUCCCGCCAUCGACGUACGCGAAAAAACGGGGCGGAUACGUGCAUCCAAUCGCCCGCAAUGGACGUGGACGUAGAGCAAUGGCAGCUCAGCGGGGCGGUUCACGACGUGCUGGAUGACAAACAACAGCUGGUGCUCAAGGACGUCGAGGCGCACGGCGCCGCACUCAGAAGCUUGUAUGGUCUGCUGAAGCGCAAACGGUCCGCGGGCUCGACUUUCCCAAGCGUCGAUUUCAGAGAGGACGGCGACGAGGACCUCGAGCCAGGCGCAGCAGACGCUUUUGAUGGCUGGAAGGAAGAGUACCGUCUCGAAGCGGGGCCGAGCCGCAUUGUCGCCUUGGUACUACCCGAGCCGCCCGUGCCAUCGCCGCCUGAAACAACAAUCGACUUUCCAGACGAGCCGCCGGUUGUUGCACACAUGGUGCAUGUCCCAGACGUGCCCGAGGCGUCUGAAGCGUCAGAGUCGCCCGCACCAUCAGCAGCAACGCCUGCGGCCGCUGCUGCUGUUGUUGUUGCCGAGAAGGCCGUGCUGAGGACCUCGAGCAGGACAUCAUCCCGGCAUGCUACGCCCGUGGGGUCGCCCCGCCCGACUCGCUCGUCAAGGCCGUCAUCACCGGUGCGGGCAAAGCCACCGCCAGCGACGGUCGCAUUACAAGAUGUCCUUCCUCGCCGGUCGCCGAGCGCGCUCGCCGCCGACCUCGACGUGCCGCCCUGGGAGCCAUUGGACAACUAUUCACCAGCGGCCACGCCUGCCCCGUCCGCUGCCCUCAAGGUAUUGAUGCCUUUAGAAAGCGACUAUGCGUCGCGUGUGCCUCCACUCCCUCCCAUUCCACCAGGAGCACAAGGCAGUGGCCAUCGCCAUCGCCGGGGCAGCAAGGGCGACACAGGCAAAGUGGACACGUUCAAGUUGCAUCUGACGUACGGGUUGAAUCCUCUGAGCGCUGGUAUUGCUCGCAGUGCAAAGUGCGUGCUCACCGCCGACUGGCGCGUUGCGCAAGCGGAGCUUCGGCAUAUCCGCGCGAUGGAGCGCAUCGAAGCCAAGAAGUCUUCCGGUCGGUGGAGCUUGCGGCAACCAAAGAAGCACCGUGGCCCUCCAGUACCCAAGUCACAUUGGGAUUGGCUCCUUGAGGAGAUGGAGUGGAUCCAGACCGACUUCAUCGAGGAGAGGCGGUGGAAGCGCGUUGUUGCUCGCGAGCUGGCAUACCAGAUCGUCGAGUGGCACGUCUCCCCAGCCGACGAGAAGGCAGAGCUCAUGGUCGGCGGCCGUGGAUGGGGUUCGUCAAACGACGUCCCGGUUCCCGGCAAGCCCGCUCCCACUGAACCAGAUCGUGCGCACGAAGGCUCAGCUGAAGAGGACGUCGAGAUGCUCGUUGGACAAGAAGGGGAGGACGCGGAGAUGGCCGAAGCCGACACCAACGACAGGCCUGACCCCACUGGAACCGAGGUGCUCGAGGAGAUCCUGCCCAAGCCCGCAGAGGAGAAGUCGCCAGACGAGGAGGCCCAGGUCAAGAUCGAGGUCGAGGCCGACGCCGAUGGGGAGGCAGAUGCCGAUGCCGACGGAGAAGCCGAUGCCGAUGGAGAGGCUGAUGCCGACGGCGAGGCUGACGCAGACGCCGACGGCGAGGAGGAUGCCGAGGGAGAGGCCGAGGACGACGGCGUGGGGUUGAAUGAAAUCGCAAAGGCUGGCGAGGCGACCGCUCAGGCAGACGCCGAAGGUGAACAAGCUGAAGGCGAGGAGACGGAGCGCGCCACAAGAGGCGGCACUGUUCUUCCUAACGGCCUGAUUCUGAGCAAGCGCUUUGCGGACGUCGACUCGCUCGCUGCUGCCCGCCGGCCGCUGCUCUACCUCCCUGCCGAGGCUCCGACUGCCGACCUGGGGUCACUACCUCUUGCUUCGUCAAAGAAGCCCAACCUUCCAACCCCGCCGCCGGAGGACGACCAGUCCGAACUUCCCAUUUGCCUGCAGGAGCUCUUCCCCGACCUCGCCCUCUACACUGGCCCCACACCACCAGAGGAUGGCAAGGUGCACAGGCGACACGACGAGGCCGGCACUUCAGGCAACCGCAUCGCACACACUUCACGUAUCCUCGAUAUCCGACCAGUCUUCAUCUCGCACUUGCAGCCUGCCCGUAACCACUUCGACCCCGACGGCGACUGGGACCUGCAUGACGGGCCGUGGUACGAGAGCCCCAGGGGAGCGGCCGAUGUCCCACCAGAGGUUGUGGCGUCGUCUUCAACGUUCUUCUCUGGCAGGACAUUACGACCGCUCAACUUGCAGCCGUACAACCCCCAGGCCAAGCCUGACAACGCCCGCCCAGAACCGACCUGGACAAUAGAGGAGGACAAGAUCCUGUUGAAGCUCGUUACCACCUACCCCUACAACUGGCAGCUGAUUGCCGACGCUUUCAACUCGGAGAGGGUGACUAUCCCUUCAGACGUGCGCACGGCCUACGACUGCUAUGAGCGCUGGAACACCACGUGGGGUCCAGGCAAGAACCUCCCCAAGCCUGCGCCAGAUGCUGCGACCGCGGCAAGCAGCUCUGGGGAGGCAACAGCGGCAGCUGGUGCGGGCACACCAGCCGCUGGAACUCCGGCAGCGACGACUGCUGCAGCUACGGCAGCCAAGCCCGGGACCGGGACACCAACUGGAGCGACCGGCGCCAGCGCUGCCAACGGCCAGCCUAUGGAGCCCCCUCCCCCACCUGGAUUGUCGAAGCGAGAGGCGCGUGCAGCCAAGCAGCAACGUUACGAAGGCUCGACCAAGAAGGCGAUUCGGCACCAGGCGCUCUACGAUGCCAUGCGCCGUCUGGUUCGUCGCCGCGACACCAAGACCAAGGAGAGCUUGAAGGACCAGGAGCCCAAGGAGAUCACGGUGCACGAGUCGCACUCGACUACCGCCAAUCCCAACGGCCAGCCCCCAACACCUUUCGAGCUCGUCGAGGCGAAGUACCAGCGCGACUUGCGUAUCCACGAGGCUCAGCAACAGCGCCGCCUGCUCGCCGAGCAGCAGCGACAGGCCCAGCAGGCGCAGAUGAGGCAACAGCAGGCGGCACUGAUGGGUGCUGCUGCCGCCGCUGGCCAGGUUCGCCCUCCCCAGCAGGCUGGCGCUGUGCCCAGAGUCGGCCCCAAUGGCCAGCCGAUUCAGAUGGCUCCCAGCCAGCAGCAGAUCCUCAAUGCCGUCGCGGCCGCUACCGCCGUCAAUGGCAGAAACGCCGCCCUCAACGGUGCUACGCCUCAGCUUGCCAACGGCGUCCGACCACCACAGCCUGGCCAGAUCCCUGUUUCGCAGCAGCAGCAAUUGUUACAGCUGCAGGCCCAGCAACAGGCCGCAGUUCAGCAGGCUCAGAGACAGCAAGCAGUGCAGGCGCAGGCUCAAGCUCAAGCUCAAGCCCAGGCCCAAGCCCAAGCACAGGCGGUUCAAGCACAGGCUCAAGCACAGGCUCAGGCGCAGGCUCAAGCACAGGCGCAGGCUCAGGCUCAGGCCCAAGCCCAGCAUCAGGCGCAGCUGAACGCGCAAGCUCAGGCUCAAGCCCAAGCACAGGCGCAGGCGGUCGCGCAAGCCCGUGCAGCGAGCCUUGGCGCCGGUACGCCACACUCGCAGCCUGGUCUUACCUCGCCAUACGCCUCGGCUGGUGAAGUCCCCAACGGUAAUGGUGAUGGCCAGCUGUCGUCGCCCGCCAUUCAGCACCCCGGCCUCCAGUCCUCUCCUCAGCAACAGGCCGCACAGGCGCUUCAGAACCAGGCUGCGCUCCAACAGGCGCAGGCUGCGGCACAAGCCCAGGUGCAAGCCGCGCAGGCCGCUGCGAUGGGCCGUGUUGGGCAGAUGCCCAUGCAGCAGCACCUGAGACCCCAGGCGCCUGGUGGUUCACCACAGAUGGUUGCGACCAUGAGCCCACAGCAGCAGGCGCAGUUCCAGCAGAUCAUCGCCAGCUUAACUGCGAACGGACAGCAGGUGACGCCGGAGACGAUUCGCGCCGUCCAGAUCCAGCUACUUCGCAACGCCCAGGUUGCUCAGGCUCAGGCCCAGGCAGCGGCACAAGCGCAAGCGCAGGCUGUCGCCCAGGCUCAAAUCCAAGCCCAAGCCCAAGCUCAGGCUCAGGCUCAGGCUCACGCCCAGGCGCAAGCGCAAGCGCAGGCUCAAGCCCAAGCCCAAGCCCAAGCCCAGGUUGCUGCUGCCGCACAGCAGGCGCAGCUCUCCCAGCAAGGAACUCCCCAGAUGGCCAUGGCUUCAUUGGGAACGCCGCAGUCGCAGCAGUUUGUGCGCUCGCCGAGCCUGCAGCGCGCGCAGGCGGGGACACCAAAGCCGCCCAACAGUCAGUAG